CAAAAACUGGGAACUGCUUACUGCAUUGCAUGGCGAGGCGGCCAACAAUGUGAUCAAAGCGAGGUCCAAUAGCUGGGAAAUCCUGCAGGGCCCUCUCUUCAAGGGCGCUGCGAGGUUCCCGGCAGCUUUGACAGGUCGUCUGUUGGCAGCAUGCUUAGAUAAGCACAACAUAUGCCGCUGCGUUGAGCUCCUUUAGCGGGGAUUGUCAAACUUUCCCAGCCUUUAAAAUAUGGCGAGUCCGAUGGCGGGAUCUAUUGGAAUUGCUCUUUUGUCCGUUUUUCUGAAUCAGGCCCGGUGCGCUGCGAGCAGCCAGACGGUGCGUCUUUUUGGUAGCACUACCACUAUCUGUACAGAGACUGGCCCUAAUGUCCACGACGCAGCUGGAAACACGCCUCCAGAUCUCAUGGAAAGCGGAGAACAAUCUGCUGAAACGCAACCAAUCGCAGUUCGGCUGCCACAAUCGCCGGCCCCAGAUACGCUGUCGGCGCGUUUCUGA